AUGGCAGGUGAUAUCACAUAUGCGGACGUGGCAAUGCUACCCAGGGAAAGACCACGCGUUCCUUCUCGGACAUCAGUUCCAGGAAACACGAUCACAUACGCUGAGCUGCAUGUGAAGCCGAAACCCAAAGAGAGCAGCAGAUCACAGACUUCCGCUUCUGGCUGCCGACGUGGGCGCUCAGCCUGGUUCUACGUGGCGCUGGUCCUGGGAGUCCUUGUCCUCAUCCUGCUGGGCGUCAUAGCCGUGCUAGCCAAGCAAUUUUUGAAGGGCAGAGCAGGAAAACCGGAAAGUUUGUCCCAGUAUGGUCUAAAUAGCACUGAUGAUCACAUCUCUUCAGAGAAAGCUCUCUCGGCGAUGCUCCUGAAAUGGCUGAUGGAGGAACUGUGUGAAGAUGGACAAGGAACAACAUGCGAGCUGUGUCCUCCAGGGUGGCAACUGCACAGGGGCAGAUGUUACUACUUCUCCGAGGAGGCUGUAAGCUGGGAUGACAGCCAGAGAAACUGUCUGGCCAAGAAAUCCCAGCUUCUUGUCAUUGAAGAUGAAAUUGAGAUGGAAUUCAUAGACAAUAAAGAGAAAGAUACCAAAUAUAUCUGGAUUGGGUUGAAGAUUCAAGACAUAAAGAAACAACGGAGUUCAGCUGAAGAUCCUGGAGAAAAAGAAAACAGGAUAGCUAUAAAAAGAAGAGAGACUGACAAGAACUGUGCUGUUUACAGAAGAAAAAACAUGAUCCAAGCAGAUAACUGCCAGACUUUAAAGAAGUGGAUCUGUAAGAAGAAUGCAACUUCGUUGGUGCUCUGA